AUGUCAAAAUUUGCAGUGAUUUUGUCUGCCAAACGCAGUACAUUCAAAGCUCUCCAAGAACUGGCUAACUCACAGGAAAUUCUGGCAGAAAUCACCGAACCAAAUCCACCAACAUCGUCGAGAAAGAACCAAGAAGUGGUUCUUGCUUUCUAUGAAGCCUUAAAGUCACGUGACGUGGACACGAUACUCAAGAUCCUAGCCCACGAUCUUGAAAGGUGGUUCCAUGGCCCGCCGUCUCACCAGUAUAUGAUGCGCCUUCUUACUGGUGAACAAAAAGACAACGACGUGCCGUUUGAGUUCUCGCCUAUCUCCAUCACCUCUUUUGGAAACAUUGUGAUUGUAGAAGGGUGCGAUACAAGUGGUUCCAUUUCUUGGAUACACGCUUGGACUGUUACGGAUGGGUUGAUCACCCAGGUCAGAGAGUACUUCAAUACUUCUCUUACUGUUACUCGCUUUGGAAAUAAAUCACAGCCGUCUGAUUUUAAGUCAAAGUCAAAGUCAUCAUCAACGGCUGAGAUUACUCCUGUGCAUUGCCCAUCCGUUUGGGAGAGCAGCCUCUCCAAUCGGGUCGGUAAGUCCGUGCCGGGUUUGGUUCUGGCUAUUUGA